AUGAUUUUACAAAAUGUAACAUCAACGAAUAGUACUCCUCAUAAUCAAUUAUUUUAUUUUAAUUAUAUUAAUAUUACAAAUACUCUUAGUGUUUCAAUCCAUUUUGAAGUGUGUCCUUUCAAUCUGAGUCUUGGUUAUUUAUUUAUUUAUAAAUUUGAUCAAACGCCCUUAUUGAAUAGUUCGAUUAAUCUGAUUGAUGGAUGGACUCUUUCUUGUCCUUCAAAUUUGACUAAUGAAAGUAUUUAUAAAUAUUUCAUUAAUAAUCAACAAACAUCAGAAUAUCAAUCAUUAAUAUUUGGUUUAAGAGAACUAAGUUUAAUAGAAAUAAAUGAAUUUUGUUCGAAUUCUUCAUAUACUAAUUUACCCAUUACCGAUGAAAGAUUUAAUUUUACAUCAAAUUAUGAACUUUGUAUUUAUACAUCAGGUUGUUAUUAUCUUGAUUCUAAUACUAAUUGGAAACCAGAUGGAUUAAUAGUAAGUACAUUUUCAUUUGUAAAAGAAAAUAGUUCACAUUUGAUCAAAACAAAGGUUGGACCAUUAACAAAUCAUUAUGAAACAGAAUGUUUUGCAACUCAUUUAACAACAUUUGCCGAUGGUUUUAUUGUUUUACCUUCGCCAAUCAAUUGGAGUUAUGUUUUUGCUAAUGCUGAUUUUAUGCGAAAUAAAACUAUUUAUUUAACAGUUAUAUCUGUUUCUGUAAUCUAUAUUAUUUUAAUGAUUUAUGCUCGUUAUAAUGACAAAAAAGAUAUUGAAAAAUUGGGAGUCACACCAUUAUCUGAUAAUAUGAUGUCUGAUCAGUAUUUUUAUGAAAUCCUUGUAUUUACUGGUCGACGAGCAAAUGCUGGAACAAAAUCAAAAGUUCAAUUUAUUUUAUCUGGUACUAAUGAUGAAACAGAUGUUCGAACAUUUUCUGAUUGUCAUCGAAAGAUUUUUCAACGUGGUGGAAUCGAUGCAUUUAUCAUGACUGUUCCUAAAUCAUUAGGAUUAUUUAAUUAUAUUCGUAUUUGGCAUGAUAAUACUGGUCAAGGGUCAUCAGCAUCAUGGUUUCUAAAAUAUAUUAUUGUUCGAGAUUUACAAACAAUGGAAAAUUUUCAUUUUAUUUCUCAACAAUGGUUUGCAGUUGAAAAAGAUGAUGGACUUAUUGAACGUGUUCUUUCAGUCGCUAAUGAAAUAGAAAAACGGAAUUUUUCCUAUGUUUUAUCUAAAAAAGCCUAUCAAACUAUUUCUGAUAGUCAUCUAUGGUUUUCAAUUUUUUCCCGUCCACCUUCAAAUACUUUUACGCGUGUACAACGAUGUAGUUGUUGUUUUGUUUUAUUAUUCACUUCAAUGUUACUAAACAUAAUGUAUUAUGAUUUAUCAGUGGAAGCAAAAUCGUCGAAUAAAACAGAAGGUAACAGUUUAUCAAUUGGCCCUUUACACAUAACACCUCAGCAGAUUGGCAUUGGUAUCAUGGUUGAAUUGUUGUCAUUAAUUCCAAGUCUUUUAAUUGUUCAAUUCUUUCGACGCAUUCGAACCCGUCAACAAAUUUCACCCAUAUAUCAGACUUUAUAUUCGAUUAAACCAUUGGUACAAGUUUCUAGAAAUGUUAAUGUAAUUAAGAAAAAACGAAUUAUAAUAAGAUUUCCUUGGUGGUGCUUAUUUAUUGCUUAUACUCUUUCAUUUUUAAUGAUUGCCGUUUCAAUUCUUUUUAUCAUUGCUCGUGGAAUUGAAUUUGGUGAUUUAAAAACACAGAAAUGGUUAACAUCAGUUCUUACUGGAUUUUUUUCAUCGAUUCUACUUACUCAACCUAUCAAAAUUGUUUGUUCGGCAAUAUUUUUUGCGUAUUUUCUUCGAAAUUCAAAUGAGGAUGAAGAAACAAAUGAAUAUAUAGAUGAUAAUAAAAUUGAUUUAAAUAAUAAUGAAGAUUAUGUUCAUUCAAUCGAGUAUGACUCUUUAUGUAAUUCUCAAUCUGGAAAACUUAUGAAUCGUCUUAAUGAAAAUGAACUAGCUGAUGCUCGUCAAUAUCGUUUAAAAGAAAUUCAAAUGUGGUCAAUUAUUCGAGAGUUUUUCAUAUAUUUGACAUUUUUGACGUUGAUUUGUAUAAUAGCUUAUUCAAAUUGUGAAUAUAAUAGUUUUCUUCAAGUUCAUCAUUUACGAAAAUACUUUUUCAAUUCAAAACAAAUUAGUUAUGAUUAUACGGAGAUUUCAACAAUAGAUGAAUGUUGGAAUUGGUUAGAAAAUAGUUUUGUCUCGAACCUUCGUGCUCAACAAUGGUAUAAUGGCGAAACCCCACGAAAUAUGAAUGGUUAUAUAAAUGAUAAAUCUAAUCGAAUAAUCGGGUGGUCAACAAUGAGACAAUUGCGCAUUAAAUCAAAUUUAUGUUCUGAUCAGCGUAUUAUUUCAAUAUGUAACAAUGAUUAUAGUUUAUUUAAUGAAGAAAAACAUUCUUUUCAACCAGGAUGGAUUAAUCAAACAUCAACAGAAUUAGAAUAUAGUUCAUCAAUUUUGAAAGCAUUUAAAUAUACAACAAGUGAUAAAUUAGAUACAUAUAUUUACAUAGGUCAAUAUGAAACAUAUAGUGGAGGUGGUUAUAUAUAUGAAUUUCGUGGUCGUUUAUCAGAUCUUAAAAGUAAUUUAUCUAAACUUCAUCAAUUAGGAUGGAUAGAUGAUAAAACAAGAGCUAUUUUUAUUCAAUUAACUUUAUAUAAUCCAAAUGUUCAAUUAUUUACUUCAGUUACUUUUCUUGUUGAAUUUUUAUCAACAGGUUCAAUUUCUCCAACAGCUCGUUUUGAGCCACUUAAUUUUUACGUAUUUACAUCAGUUUUACAAUUGGCUUGUACAAUAUGUUAUAUGUUCUUUAUUAUUUAUUUUAUGAUAAUCGAAAUUCGAUUAUUAUUUAAAUUAAAAUUAAAUUAUUUUCGUCAAUUUCGGUCAUUGAUUGAAUUAGGUAUUAUUAUUUGUUCAUUGGGAAGUGUUGUAGUUUAUAUUUGGCGUUUUCAAGAAUUUAAACGUAUAAGUCGUUUAUUUAAAGAAACAAAUGGAUAUGUUUAUAUUAAUUUACAACUUGCAGUUUAUGUAAAUGAUCUUUUAACAUUUUUUCUUGGUUUCUGCUGUUUUUUUGGUACAAUCAAAUUUGUUCAUCUUUUUCGUUUUAAUCAACGUAUAUCAUUAUUUACUGAAACACUUCGAUAUGCUGGAAAAGAACUUGUUUCAUUUUCUAUGAUGUUUGCAAUUGUAUUUAUGUCUUUUCUUAGUUUAUUCUAUUUAUUAUUCGUAUCGAAAAUUUGGUCAUGUUCAAGUCUAUUAUCAAGUGCACAAAUGCUUUUUGAAAUGACAUUAAUGAAAUUUGAUGCAAGUGAAUUAAUAGGAGCUGAUGCUAUUAUUGGUCCAUUAUGUUUUAGUACUUUUAUUCUGCUAGUUGUAUUUGUAUGUUUGAGUAUGUUUAUUUCAAUCAUUAAUGAUAGUUUUCGAUGUGCUCGAGAAAAUCAAGUCGAAGAUCAAGAUAUUUUAUCAUUUAUGUUAAACAAAUUAUUAAAUUGGAUAAGAAUGAAAGCACUAAGUAGAUCACAAAUCACAGAAAAACAAGAUUCUCGAAUGCGAGCACAAUAUUUUCAUCCAAUAGAAAAUUUUCCUGAUCGAAUUGAUCAAUUAUUAGAAGCUAUCAGUAGACUUUAUAUCAGUCAACAAGCUGAUCUAUUAAGAUUAGAAAAAGCUGGAGUUUAA